UGUAAAGAGGGCAAAAAUUCUCCUACUUCAUCACUGCCACCGCGCCACCGCCUUACUAUUUCCUCUUAAGAAACUUUCCAUUAAUAUAACCUAUCUAUUCUUUUUCAAUCCCCAGCAACAAUUCUUCACAUUAAUCAAAGCAUUAACAAGAAUCAAAAUGUUCAAGAAGUCCGUUGAGGCGAAAUCGCACCAGAGACUCUCGGGAGCUGACCGGAAGAAGCUGAAGAGAACUCUCAGAGAGAGGUUCCCUCGCGCUUCCGAUCUCGAUUUCGACGCUUUACUCCCUCCCAAGGUAGAGAUCACACUUUCAAAGUUUCAAAAUCGGGUACUUUUAUAUAGUGUUGAAGGUGGUUUACCUAUGUUUUUUGACAUUGAUGGACGAGGCACAGAUAUAUUUCCCACAGUUUUUGCUCUGUGGAAAGUCCCUGAUCUGCUGCCGUCUUUUAUGCUGAAGGGGGGUGAGGUCUCACGAUUUGUCAUUGGCGGGGCAGAUUUGAUGUUCCCUGGUAUAAGCAUACCCUCAGAAGGUCUACCAUCGUUUUUAUCUGGGGAACCAUGGGCUAUAAAAGUUCCUGGCAAUCCAGCUCCUAUUGCAGUUGGUUCUACCACUAUGAGCAGCACUGAAGCAGUAAAAGCUGGUUUGCGUGGAAAGGCUCUAAGGAUAACUCACUAUUAUCGUGACUUACUUUGGGAAUCAGUUGAGGGCCAUUAUGUGCCAAAUGCAGGUUUUUUUGAAGAUGUGGUCCUUGCAGAUCCUGCUUUUUUGUCAACAUGUCAAGUUUCUGAUUCAUGGGAAGGCAUUGCCGAGAGUUCAAAUGAUCAACAGAGUGACAUAGCAACUGAAGAAGGGGGAACAGCUGAUGUAAAAGAUGUCAUUUCUGAACCUAAUCCUGGUUCAAUUACACAAAAUGAUCAUCAGGGUAAUGCAGCCGAGCUGGUAACUGCAGGUGUAAAUGAUUUGAAAUUAACAGAAAAUUUGGAUGCUGAUGAAUCAAGUGUGGAGCAGCAUGUUCUAUCCACUGAGGAUGUGGAUGCUCAUUUGGACAAAUGCCUUCUACAAGCUUUGCAUACUACAGUGAAGGAUAAAGACCUGCCAAUACCCGGAAGCACAUUGUGGUCAAACCAUGUAUUACCCUGUAGGCCUUCAGGUAUCAUGCUGGAUGUCAAGAAAUCAUCGCAUAAGAAACUGGCUAAAUGGUUGCAAGCUAAAGCUUCUUCAGGACUGAUUUCUGUGAAAGAAGAUAAAUAUAAGAAGGAAGUGGUAUUGUUUUCUGUUAACCGCAGUCAUCCGGACUACGUAUCCUUCAAGCCAGAGAAACGGCAAGUAGAGAAAACCAAUCAGGCAGUUGAUGGUGCCGCUACUGAUAGUCGAUCUCAAAAAUUGCUAGAAGUGGCAGAAAUUUAUAAACCAAGUGUGCAUGUCAACUCUGUUUUCACCUCUGUUGGUGCUGAUAUAGGAAAACUUUACAGUGCCUCUGAAGCCAGUGAGGUUGUUUUCAAGUACAUCGAGAAAGAAAAUUUGGUUAAGCCUACUAAUAAAUCCAUUGUGGUUUUGGAUCCAACUUUAUGUGAUGCAUUGUUCAAGGGAGCCAUUAAGAAAGGAACAACAUACCCAACAGAGAUACAUAAGAAAGAAUUAGGAUCAACAUUUGUAAGCCGGAUGCAGCCCCACCAUGUUGUGACCCGAGGAAGCGAGUCUGUUGUUCGUAAAGGUGCGCUGAAAACAAUUCAGAUAUUAACGGAACGCGACAAGGAAACAAGAAGGUGACAAAAGUUUCAGGUCUGGAAUCGUUCUUGCUGGAUGCUGAAGCAUUAGCAUCAGAGCUGCAAAAAAAGUUUGCUUGCAGUAAAUCAGUGGCAGAAUUACCUGGUA